AUGGCCCACACGCUAACCUUCAGCUUUGGCUCUGAGAAUGGCAACCAAGCCCCAAGUCCCUAUGACGAAGGUGCUGUGCACGAUUCCUUCCACCAGCUAAUCCAGGAGCAGAGCUGGCUGGCUGAACAGGAGAUGAUGGAGAUGCAGGAGAUGGCAAAUGUGACUUCCAAGGGAAGAGAGAAUCUGGCCUAUAUGGCUUCUCCUGCCCGCCGGACUGAGGCUUGGGAAGCAUCAGAACAGACUGAGGAACAUCCUGGCUUUUCCUCAGCUACGCUGCGCAUCCUAGCCAGCAUGCCCAGCCGUACAAUCGGUCGCAGUAGAGGAGCCAUCCUCUCCCAGUAUUAUAAUCGCACUGCCAGACUGCGGCGUAGAAGUACUCGUCCCCCAUUGCAGGAAAUGUCCCGCUCUGCACGGCCUAGCCUCCGGCAGCUUGAGAUAGACCUGGAUUCCAGUCGUGAAGAAGAGGAUACCAAGCGCAGCCUCCUGGUGAAAGAACUCCAGAGCUUGCCAGCAAGUCAACGUGUUAAUAUGUUGCAAGCGAUGCCUCUGAGCCUGGCAGAGAAGCGUAGCCUCAGGCAGGAUUCAAGUGGGCACUCGGGUACCUUGAGGAAACCCAAGACAACAGCUCCUUUGUCAUAUUGCAGCCGGCUUAAAUACUACAUCAUCAUAGGGUUCCGAAAUUUCUGGUACAGUUGGCUUUCUUUCCUUCACACUCUCCAGCCCUGGCAUUAUUCCCUUAAGCAGAUCAGUGGUCGCUUUGGAUCCAGCAUUCUCUCCUAUUUCCUGUUCCUCAAGACCUUGAUCAUGUUUAAUCUUUUCUUGUUCCUCGUCCUGCUGGUUUUUGUGGUUGCCAUGCAGGCUGCUUACCCUCCUGCCACACCUAACAAUGAAACCUUCACCGGGCUUGAGCUCCUCACUGGAGCGGGCUACUUCAGUCACACACUGAUGUAUUACGGCUACUACAGCAACUUCACUCUCAAUGAUCCCUGUGCUUCUGGCUCUCACAUCAGACAUUGCCAGCAAUCCAGGGAGGCCCAUCUGCCAUACAACAUGCCAUUGGCUUAUGUGUUUGUUGUCGGGGUCUCCUUCAUUGUGACAUGCAUUCUGCUAGUGUACAGCAUGUCUCGUUCCUUUGGGGAAAGCUAUCGUGUGGGCAGUGGCUCUGGGGACCUGGCAGUUAAAGUCUUCUGUGCCUGGGACUAUAAGGUGAUCCAGGAACGUUCUCUUCAACUUCAGAGUGAAAAUAUCUGCACUCAGCUGAAGGAGUGUCUGGCCGAGCGGCGGUCCAGGUCACAACCAUUAAACCUGUGUAAGAGGCUGCAGAGGCUGGUAGUCUGGCUGCUGGCCUGGACAAUAUCCCUUGGCACAGUUCUGGGUUGCGUCGUUGCUGUCUACUAUUUCUCUGAAUAUAUACACCACGUUCACCAUGACAGGCUCACAAGAAGCAGCCAGUCUGGGAAUGAAGCCCUUCUCCUGGCCCUGCCUCUGCUGGUCUCUCUGAUUAACUUGCUUAUGCCAUACAUGUACAACCUCUUGGCUGCCUGGGAGAAGCAGGAGUCUCCAGUCCUUGAGGUAUACAUAGCCAUCUGCAGAAACUUAAUUCUGAAAAUGGUCAUUUUAGGCCUGCUGUGUUACCACUGGCUGAGCCGAAAAGUGACAUCCUCAAAGAUCAAGUGCUGGGAGACUUUUGUGGGGCAGGAGCUAUACCGUUUGGUGGUGAUAGAUUUCAUUUUCACCCUAUUGGACACCGUCUUUGGAGAGCUGAUUUGGAGGAUUAUCUUGGAGAAGAAAAGCCAGAAUAAGCAGAGGCCAGAGUUUGACAUUGCUAGAAAUGUGCUGGAGCUUAUUUAUGGACAAACCCUCACAUGGCUGGGGGUCUUCUUUGCCCCGCUCCUCCCAGCUGUCCAGAUCCUCAAGUUGGUGCUCUUGUUCUAUAUUAAGAAGACCAGCUUGAUGAGAAAUUGCCAGUCUCCUAGUAAACCCUGGCGUGCAUCUCACAUGAGCACCAUCUUCAUCACUUUGCUGUGCUUCCCUUCGUUCCUGGGUGCUUCCGUAUUCCUCUCCUACACCAUCUGGUCAGUGAGACCAUCAGAGAAAUGUGGUCCCUUCCAAAGCCUGGCAACUAUCUAUGCUUCUGGGGAGAUGUGGGUUACACAGCUGGAGAAAUCUAACCCGAACCUUACCUGGUUUACAUGGAUUCAUCAGCACAUGAUCCAAAACACCUUCUUCCUGUUUGUCAUCUCUGGAAUUUUACUAGCUGUGAUCUACCUGAAUAUUCAGGUGGUGAAGGGUCAACGGAGAAUCAUUUCCCUCCUGAAGGAGCAGAUUGCCAAUGAAGGCGAAGACAAGACAUUCCUCAUCCAGAAGCUUCAUGCUGUUUAUGGGAAACGAGAAUGAAGCC